AUGACAAUUGUGGCCAAUUCACCAGAACUUAGCGACUUUAUCUUGCCUAUCAAAUCCCCGUUAACGUCCAUUUUCAAGCCGCUAGAACUAGCACUCACCAGCUGCUGUUUGCGUCUUUCUAUUCCGCCCGAGUUAAGCAGUUCCAUCUGCUUCACCGUGGCAAGAGUCUCCUCGCUGCUGCUCAAAGGCUUUUCGUCCGAGCCGCGAAGCAAGUCCAAUGCGUCACCACUGAUCUCGUCUCUAUCGUUAAUGAACAGAAUUGGGUGGAAGAACUCCGCACCAAGCUGUCUGAUCACUGUAUUUUUCGUAGAAGCGUACAACAUCUUGCUCCGAACAGGAGCGUUGUCCAGCACGAACGAAAUGAAGAAGAAUUUGUGCGCAACGUCCUCGUUACGCACCACCAAAUACACCGCGUCGUCGGCCAAUUGGCUGUGCAGCAGGUCAAAGUCCGCUUUCAAGUUGCUCGAACCUUGGAUCACACCUUUCGGAACAACUUGCUCGUUCUCGAUGGCCAUUAAAAACGCCCGCGACGUUCCGCUGACGUACUCUUUGAAUUCGUUCACGAGCUCCUGGGAGCCUGAAGGUUAG